AUGACGAUAUUGUCCAGUGCGGACUACCGCCCUAACUUCAACGACGCGCCUGGUUGGCGGGACCGGAACGGCGGCGUUCUGCCGGAGCUCAACCAUUUUGUGUCGUUGUCCUCCGACACUGCCGCCGGAGCGCAUGCCCUAGCCGUUGCUGCCUUUGCCGAUAUCGUUACAGCCGCGCAUGAGAGCUUGGAGAAAGCGCAAACCGCAGUGGCACAAGCUGAAGAGGCGCCGGAUCUGCAGGAGACUCUUGUCGCCGACAUGAGGAUCGCUUUGAGGGAGGACGAAGAGUCCGUGGAGCGGAAGCGGAGGGAAGAGGCGUCUGAGGCCGAGGCGCGCUCCCGAAGGCAGAAGCAACAGCAGGGGGCGGCUGACGGCGGGAAGAAUGGAGAAGCGACCGCGACAAGCACAAGCCUGGCGAAACGGGUGGAAGCCAACAAAGUGGGGGUGGUGGAGAUGGCACUGGACAUGGACAAGACACCAUGGACCACGAGAAGGGCAGGAACGGUGGAACAUGCGGCCCAGAGGAGCCGCGUGGAGGAACCAGCAAGGGUUGAGACGACGUGUCCGAGGGGGGCAAACGGCAGGCGACCAAGGACGGGCUUUCAACGGGUACGCCGGCAGGGGACUGCGGCGGGGCAACGGAUAUGGAGAUCCGUCAACUACGAAGGAAAUCUCAUGGGUUUCAGCGGCUGGAACUCGCUCGAGAGGGGAGGUGAAACGGACGAAGACCCGGACGAGGAAACUGGGCUGUGGGGGGACGUAGAUGGCGGAGGAAUUGUGCACCUUGGCCGCACAUUCGACGUGAACGAGUCAGCCUACGACACGUGGGAGGCCGCAUUCGCCACGGUCAUCGGGGAGCUCGAAGAAGAAGGGCACCUAACCCUUCCAAAGAAGAGGCGCAAAUCGGUUAAAGUCCUGCCGCCCACAAUGGUCGACGAGAGAUUCGAUGACGUCCGCAAGUGGACAGCGGCUGGCGUCAAGCCCACGGACACGUUCAAACUGCUGGAAAUGGACUACGACGGUUUGUGCUUGGCGAAAGAUGGGAAGAAAAAGUUGGAAGCUGAGCCCGGGAUGUUCGUCAAGCGCACUUUCGACAGCCUAGGGAGGAUCGUUGAUGUGUUCUGGGCCACCGUCGACCAACAGGACAAGAUGGCGACGUUCGGCGGCUGUAUCCAGAUGGAAACUACGGUGUUCACCAACAGGCACGGGUGCCCACUCCUGUUCAUAGUGGGCGUGGACGACGAAAACCGCACGUGCGUCUUGGGACAGGGCAUGCUGCGGUCGGAAAGCACCGAAAGCUUCAAGUGGUUCGUGGACUCGUACGAGAAAGCUGCUGGUGGACGGAGGCCAAAGGUCAUGCUGACCGACACAGACCAGGCCAUGGCCUCGGCCUUGAGGGAGUGGAAGACCACCGUGCACCUGCGGUGCUUGUGGCAUCUUAACAAGAGCGUCGUCAAGCACUGUUCCUCGUCCUUUUCUGACACGAAGACACGGGAGAAGAUGCUCCGUCUAUUCAGAAACGCUGCACACGCCGCUACGCCGGAGAUCUUCGCUAAGUACCGGGCUGACCUGGAGAGGACCGUCGGGGGCAAGAAGUGCGACCAGUACAUCCGGGACCUUCUCGAGCGAAAUUGCUGCACCUGCUCCGUAGCAGAGGAGGCUAAGGACGAGCUCGGAGGAUCCCAGUCGUACGACGCAGAAGUCAUCUGCGUAGGAGCGGCGGACGACCAAGGCCACCCCGUGCCUCUGGAGUGUGGUAUCCUGCCUUAACAGCUUGAGGCCGCACACUUCGACUUCAACCUUUGCGAGGAAGCGCCGCCCGACACGAACCUGGAAAUAGACUGCAAGCUUGGCCCUGAGGCUGAAUCGACCGAAGACAACACCGUUUGGGCGCGUACGUCUUUGGAGCCGCUGUUGGACCUCGUCAGCCGAGUUCCCGUCCAUCUUGCCGCCGCCGUGCGGUACAAGCUCACGCCUUCACGGCCGGGCCAUGUUGUGGUAUUCGGCCCGGGUGGCUUCUACUUGUGCUCUUGUCUAAAGUUUUUGCGCCAAGGCCUACCAUGCAGGCACUAGACUACUUUGCCGUGCUAGUUCGCUUCAUCGGCGCC